AUGAAUAGUUUAAGAUUGAUUCUCCCUAAUACUUCUUUUGUCAAGUGUUUUUAUAAUAAUGCUAUUCCAAAGGUAGGUCUCACAUCAUCGUUGUAUCAUCACUUUAAUGGAAGAUGUUAUUCUAUUGAAACGCAGAACAAAGGUACAAAACAAGGGCAUAACAAAGUAAAGUUGCCAGUUAGAAAAACCGUUAAACCAAUUGACUCAAGAAAGACAUUUUUAAUGGAUUCUUAUAAAAAUAUGAUGGAAAAGAGUUCGGUGGUCCUCUUCCUUCACUACAAUAAUUUACUUAAACAGGAAGAUGAUUUUUUCAGGUUUCAAGUAAAAGCAAAUGGUGGAACAUUGAAAAAACUAAGAAAUGGUGUAUUUGGUGCUUACUUAAGAGCAUCUCAUUUGGAAGAUCCAUGUAUGCCAUUAAAGAAAGGAGAUAAAAACAAUAAUCAUCCAUUGUUACCACUUUUGAAAGGUUCCACAGCUGCAAUUGUCUUUGAUGAAACUGAUUCUGUUGCUGUGUCUAAAAUUUUAAAAAUUCUACAGAGACAUCAAGAUAAAUUGUUUGUGAUUGGUGCUAAAGUAGAAAAUUCUGUUUUCGAUAUUGAAAAGCUGAAUAAAUUCAAAGACUUACCUUCCAAGGCUCAACUCCACUCACAAUUAUUAGGUCUAUUGCAUGCAUUAAGUGGUGUCGGGUUAGUAAAUACGUUAGAGAACGCAUCUAAAACUUUAUAUAUGACAUUACAAUCGCAUAAUGAUAAUACUUUAAAUACUGAGAAGUCUGAAGAUUCUGAAAAUUAG